UAUGGUCACAUGACCAAGGGGAAAUUGGCAUUGCGGAACCUGGAGUCCAUGUUUACACAAGGGAGAAAGUUCACUUGGUAAACCUCAAACUGACGGCGAAACAUGCUGCAACCCUUUAUAAUCACCCUCAGCCUGUUACCAUGGUUCCCAGCCUUCCUCUGCAGGGUAACCACCGAGGGGGAGCAUGCAGUCAUGGAGGGUCAACCUCUCACAGUCCCGUGUCAUUAUGGGCCUCAGUAUGCCGGCUAUGUAAAAUACUGGUGUCGGGGGAAGAUGAGGGAGUUCUGCACCAGUUUAGCACGAACAGAUGAGCCCCGUUCGGCCAAUCAAGCUGAGGAGAAAGUGAGCAUCUUUGACGACCCGGUCCAGCUGGUGUUUGCUGUGACCAUGAGCAACCUGAAGGAGGGGGACUCUGGGUGGUACAUGUGUGGCGUGGAGAUAGGCGGUGCGUGGAGUGCUGAUGAUGUUGCUUACACUAACAUUAAGGUCAUUCAUGGCAUGUCAGUGGUGAACAGCCGCCUGAUUGGGGAAGAAGGGAGUAGUAUCACAGUUGAAUGCCACUACAGUGAGAGAUACAGAGAAAGCGAGAAGAAGUGGUGUCGGAGCGGAGACUGGAGCUCCUGUCUGCUGACAGGUUCUGACGGGAGCUACGAAGACACUUCUGUGGCCAUCAGCGAUGACAGAACUAGGACUCUCACUAUAACCUUAAAGAAGCUGCAGAUGAGAGAUACCGGCUGGUACUGGUGUUCUGCAGGACAGCAGCAGAUAGCUGUGCAUGUGCUGGUCACACCCCGACCCACGACCGCAGCAGUAUCUGUGACAUCCACACCUACUACAAGUCAGUCUGUUGCAUACCUGCCUCCACCCAAACCCAUCACUAAGGAGUCCUGGAACAGUCACAGCCACAUCUUGGAGUCGUUGCUGGUGUGUGCUUCUAUAAUGCUCCUUGUGGGCAUGGCCAUAUUGGCAAGAAAAUUGUGGAAACAGCACAUUCUAGAGCAGGAUCCUGUGCUGAGACAAGUUAAGGAGAUACAAGCAAGGCACAAUGAGUACUCGGGUGACCUGCAAAACUCUGCUGUCGUUUUCCUUAACAGGGACUCCCAGGAUGUACAAAUGUACUGAGCUUUAUCAGUGCAGGGUUUAUUUUUACUCUUUGUAACUGAAUUUCAUUUUGUGUCUGUUCACUGCACACAGCACAUACUUUAUUUCCAGUGUCUUUUGUAUAUAACAUACCAGCACAACACAUGUUUUCUGCUUGCUGCUUUACAUAAUGCAACUGCUAUAGGCUGGAGAUCCUAUGUUAGCCUAUGUAGUGUAUUGUAAUUUUGUUGAAAUUUGGGGAUUUUAGCAAAUUGGUGGAGUUUACAUUCUGCAGUUAAACAUGCACUUUUUGCUGAAUCCAGUAUGCUUGAAUUAGAUUUUUAUUUUCAUAAAUACAAAAAAUCAAUAACUACAUAUUUGAUUUAUUAUUUCUCCACUACCUCCUAGUUGGCUCAGUAGGGCGCCAUCAUCUAUUAGUAAGCUGGAUCACCCAUCCGCAUCAAUAUUAGAUGCUCAGAGCAACUGCUCGACCGCAGCGCUGUACGAUGACGUAGUAUGAUGAGCGACAAUGGUAGGGAGUAGUAUAAAUAGCGAAUAGGAGGACGUUUUUGGGGGGUUUAUGGAUCACACAAACACAGCAUUUUUACCCGGGAGAUUAGUGUUCAUGUCCUGUUUUAAACCAAAGGUCAACUUUGACUUUUUUUAAAUAAGCCUAUAACUUACAAUAAGCAUAAUGUAAGUUAACUUUUUUAUAUAAUGUAGUUUUGUUGCCUAAACCUAACCAAGUAACGUUAGUGUUGUUUGAAUUCACAGAGCAUUAAAAAGUGAUGCCAGUAGGGUUCUGACCAAGCCAGCGGCAACUGUUGCUAUGUGAAUGGAUAAUAACGAUAAUGAUUCCUUCCUUAUACUUAAGCGUAACGUGGUUUUAAACAGGUCAUUAACGUAGUGAAACGGUCACAGUUUGGUUAGGUUUAGACAGCUAAACUACUUAGUUAAGUUUAGAAAAAGAUUGUGGUUUGUGUUAAAAUCACUACAUUUGUUAAGUUACUUGACUUCUGGUUACGUAAAACGUGACAUAGUUCAGUUUGUUAAGUACAUUUAAAAUGACUCGCCAUUUACGUUUCUUUUCAAACAGGACACGAACACACGUUUUUUCUAGGUCUUAAUCACGUUACAUGACAAGGAAUUUCCUUGAAACAACUGCUCCAUUUUAUAAAACUUGCAGAAUAUAUGAAUUAACAGCUAAUUCAAUAAAAAAACUUAAGAUGUACAACAUUUUAAGACUUUUUAGAGA